AUGACCUACUACGCACAAGCAUCCAAUCUAGGCUGGAGCGCUGUCGAGCAAGUCGACAACGUCGGCAACGGCGUGAUCCGGCAAAUAUUCUACGCCAAAUACAUCAACUGGGUAGUCGCCUUUCCUUCGCUUGCUCUGGCAAUGGGACUAAUCUCGGGCGUGUCUUGGACCACCAUCAUCUGCAACAUUGCUAUAUCCUGGAUCUGGGUUAUCAGUUACCUCGUGGCGGCAUUUACACCUUCAAGCUACAAGUGGGGGUUCUUCGCCUUUGGUACAUUCUCAUGGCUUAUCCUUGCUAUGAGUACUAUCAAUGAGAGUCGCGAGGCUGCUGCUUUGUUGGGGAUUCAACGUGACUAUAUGGUACUUUCGGGGUGGUUGAAUCUCUUGUGGUUGCUUUAUCCUAUUGCAUUUGGGUUGACUGAUGGUGGGAACCGGAUCGGUGUGACUGGUGGUUCUAUUUUCUUUGGUGCUCUCGAUAUACUCACUAUUCCAGUGUUGAGUUUUGCUGUUUUGUUCUUUGCUCGAAACUGGGAUUAUCGCAAAUUGAACAUUGCGUUCAGUGAUGCCCGUCCAAGCCGAGAGAGUGAAGGUGAAAUCAAGGAAGCUCCCCGGGCAUCCUCCGAUAUUGCCUCUACUGCCUGA